AUGGCCGGCAUGUACAUAAAAAAACACGGUAGUACCGAUCUGACGACCGUGACCAUACAAAAUCAUACGCCGCCGGCGGUUUUGCGCUGGCGAUCCGAGUCGUAUCAAGUGAGCGGCCCAAGGAUCAACCCGCAGUCCAACAACAAUCGUCCGGCGGAACUCAAAGUGGUUGAGCUAAGAAAGUUGAGUUUCGCUCUCGACGAACAAUUCCCGACGAAUUUUCAAAGUAUGUAUACGGUACACAAAUAUAUACUAUACUACUUGUAGUUAAAGACUUACAGUGUUGUGUUUUAUUGUUUACUAUAAUCUAAACAGAUAUACUUAUUUUUAUCUCUAAUCGUAUUUAGAUAAACGAAAGAUAACGGCAGGCCAUACGUUUAAAAAAAGAAAUUUCGUUUUAUGUUACUUUUGUUUGAAACGUUAUUUAUAAGAAUUGCGAUUUAUAUUAUUUCUAGUCUACCUUGCUAACAAUACAAUAUAUCAAGUUUUUUUUCUGUCUGUAAAUAACUUUUCCAAAAGAAAUCUUGUUUAAGGGUUAGCGACUUUUCUGUAAAGAAGUUUUAUCUAUUUGGUGUAUUAGACCAGAAAUUUUUUGACUUUCCAGGGGGUUUUCAAAAUAGUUGAGAAAAACCGGAAAGAAAAUCGUAGAUUAAAUGGCAAGUAUUUACGGUGCGCUACGGUGUUACCGAUUUUGUCGUUUUUAAUUUUUGAAAACUAUGUUUUCUACCAGAAAUAUUACUCAAAUAGAAAAUAACAAGAGACCUUUUUGUUGAAUUUUAAUUGUAGGCGGUAAGUAAGAAAUUCGUUUUUUGAUUGUCUCUGUUGUUUUUUUAAUAAUUGAGCAAAACCGAAAAAAAAAACGUAAAAAGAACGUGAACAUUUACGAAAAUAAUGCUUUUAUUAUUUUCAAUUUUGAUUUUUUUUUUGUAAUUUAGUUUAAAAAUAUUUGCAGAAGUAUGAAAUUUAAACAGAAAAAUUGUAUUUGUUUUUUCUAAAUGUAAAAUAUUCAAUACAGUUGAGUUAUUUUUGAGCUACUUAUAGACAUUUUAUUUACGAGUUUUGGCGUAAUUUUAAUUGAUAGAUAUUAUGUUGGAUAAAAUUGUUAAAAUUAUUAGACUAAACAGAAUGCUUGGAAAUUUGACAAGAGUUUCAUUAUAUGUCUUACAUUGUGGUAAAAAAAAAAAAAAAAAAAAUUGAGUUUUAGAAUCAAAUUUUGACGAAAAUUAUAAAUAUCACGGUCUUUCAUAACAUGUAUAAAUGAACUUCGCUCCGAAUCAAUUUUCGUUAACAAUGGUUUAUCAUUGGUUACAGGUAUAAAUUAAAUAACUUUGUGUAUCCCAUCUUUCCAACUACCCAUUUAAAACAAUGGAACUUGAAGUAGUCAGUUGCAAAUGGUCAGCUCUAAGCUCCAAACCAGAACAGGAACUAGACAUUUUUACUGCGAUAAAAAUACCGUAUACUGCGUUCCUUCACGAUCUUUAAACACUAAUUUUUAUUAAAUGGGAAAACGUAAACAAUGUACAGUAUACACGUUCUCAUAGACUUCUUAGAUCCUGAAUAAUUAAAUUAAAGAUUUAUAUGUAUAUACAUAAAUAUACAUAUAUAUAUAUAUAUAUAUAUAUAUAUAUAUAUGUACAUAUCAGUAAAUAAAAAAAUAAAUACGUAAAUAAACUCUUGAAAAUUGUAUGUUCAGGGAUAAAUCACCACCUUUCCAGUUCCGGCCCUGAUACAAACUAUUCCUCAAAAUAUCAUUAAAAUAUUAUAAAAAGAUAAACCAUGAUGUUUCUAUACGACUCAUGAUAUUUUAUUAAUCUACAAUAACACCAAUAACAUUAAAUUUCAAGGAUUUAAAUUACCUAUGUCUACUUUUGGUAUUAAAAUUAAUUUUGUAUUCUGUAAUUUCCAGUAUUGUUCGUAUAAUAUGAUUUGAGCUUUUUAAAAUAAUGUUAAAAUAUCCAUCUUAAAUAAUAUAAUAAUAACUUUUACAAAGACGAAAUGAUAGCUUUAAUAUUCGUAUAUUAAACAAGCAAUGGUAGCAUAGUAUUAUGUAUUAUUAAAUUUAAAUUUUAUUUUGAUUCAAAAAUUGAAUAGCAAAUAGAUGAAAAAAAUUACACGUAUAUCAAAUUUUAGUUUCCAUUUCAUGAAAUACUUGACAAUUCCGAAAAUAGAAAAAACAAACUGGAAUUAGAUAAUUUAUUAUGAAAUGCAAAAUUAUAUCAAGUUGAUACGAAGUACAUGGUGUCCCUCAAGGAAAUUAUCAUUGUGAUAUCUUAGAAAGUAUUAACUUUUUAUAUUUUUUUUUCUUCAAACGGUUGACAAGAUAUAUCACUUUUAAGUUUGAAUAGAGGGAGUAGCGAAGCAUUAUUUCUAUGAUCGCAGCGCUUGAUUACAUACGCUUCAUACAAAAAUAAUGGUGAUAAAAAAAAAUAAUAAUUUUGCAUUUUAGAACUACUUGUUCCUUAAAUUUUAAAAAAUGAUUGAACAAAUUAGUGAAUUCCAAGAAAGCGCAAUGAUCAUAUUAUCUUCGUGGUACUCCUUGUCAGUAGCACAUAUAGAGGGGGAUUAGGGGGUCAGACCCCUCACAGAAAUAUUUUCCUUCACUACAUUUUUUAAAUUAAGUUUUUCAUCAGAAAUCAUUUAUUCGAUAAUAAAAGUAAUAGUACUUUAUUGAUAAUAUGUGCUAUCCCCUCUAACAAAUUAUUAUAAACACAACCUCCCCCCCCAUCACCCGAAAAAAUUGCUGCAUGCGCUACUGUUUCUGUAAUAUACUCGUAUAAGCAAUACAAUAUAUUUGAUACUUUCCAGAAUUGUAUCACGAUAUAAAAUACAAUUGCAAUUUUCUACUUGUAAGUUAUAUUAAACAAUCUGUACAAUGUUUAAUACUAUUAUGGACAUUUUAUUAAUUAUAUUGUAGGUAACGAUACUUUACCAAUAACCAAAUAUAAUAAUAUGAUUUAAAUAUAUUUUGUUUUGAUUUUACAGGACUUAACUCUGUGAAAAACGAAACAAGAAAGUCCGUUGUGUUUCAAAAUAAAGACGAAUUAAUACUGUCAAAUAAGUAAGUAUACUCAUAAUUUACUAUUUAUAUUCAAAUUUAAUAUAGUUAAAUGUUUAUUAAAUGGUUACAAAUUACAAUAAGAUAGGUCUCAGCUUCUCAGGAAAAUUACACAAUGUAAUAUACUUUACAUAGUUAUAUACAAAGUGAAUACAUCAUAUCAGUGGCGAUCAAAUGAUUUUGUCACGGGGAUAAGGAUAAUUUUUAAGAAUGAUUAUUAUUUACAGAAUCUUUUUUUUAUAACUAUGAUAAUAUAAUAUAAUAUACAAUGUCAUUAUUAAGAAUUCUCAGCCCGUUUGUAUGGUUGAAUUAUGCAUAAAUUCAAAUUCGGUUUUUUGGAAUUUUCAAGUUCAGUGAAUAAUGAUAUUUUUGCAUAAUUGGAUUUUUCACCACAUUAAUGUUGUAGAGUUAUUUUAAAGACCUACAUUUUUUGAUGCAAACUAAUGUUUUUUUUUUUUGAAAAAGUUGACUUAUUUUAAUAGAAACUUAAAAAAAUUUUUUUUUAUAAGUUGUUCUGCUUUAAAUAUAAAGGAUAAUAGUCUUUUACGGGAAUUGAAUACCAACUGUUUCAUGUGUAUUGAUAAUUUAUUGUUUUGAAUCGUGCAGUUAUUAUUCUUUAGUAUUUAAAGUAGAGUCAUACAGAUAUUUUCAGUUCAAAUUUUGAUUAAAAUACGACAAUAUUUUCAGACAAAUUAUUUGGAUCUGAUUGACAAUUGGCAUUGGAUUUAUAGCAUCUCAUUAGAAAAAUCAAAGUUGAUAUUAUGACAGGAUACCCCUUAUGUGUUGUGAAAAAUUCAAGUAUUAGAAAAUAUCGUCUUAAACUACAUUUAAAAAUUACAAAUAUUACAAUUACAAUGUACGCAUGAUUUAACCAUAAAAAUGGGAUGAGCACUAAGUACACUUAAAGAAGUUUAUAUCAUUAUAAAUAUGUAAGAAAAAUUAUUUAAUGAGGCCGUGAGGGGAAUACGUCACCCCCCCCCCUUUGAACACCUCUGCAAAAUAUUUUGUGUGAUUUAAUAAUUUGUGACGAUAUUAAAUCAGUUGGCAAAAAUUAUAUUUAUAUAAAUCGAAAAAAAUACGUGAAAUGACACGUUAUUAUUACCGUGUUGUUAAAAUUUGAAAUUUUGAUCUAUAAACGUAUGUAAAAAAAUACAACAUUAGGAUAAACUUUCUUGCGUGUCUCCAUGCCCUAUUUUUUUGUUUAUUGGUUAGUUCGGUGUAUUUUAUUGUUCAACCAAGUAUAGUAAAUUUUAUAAAAAUAAUUAGUGCCCACCGCCCCCCCCCCGAAAAAAAAAUUGGUUAUGGUACUGGCUAGAAGGCACCUACAAAAUAAUAUGCAUAGUUUUAGUGACCUUGAUUGUCUGACUGUUUAAAUAGUUAACAUUUACCUGUAUUUGAGUCAACAAGGAUAUAUUUAAGUGAGAGAGGGUGAUAGGUGGGCACAUUUCUCAUAUACAGGAUGAUUCACUAAGCGUGCUCAACCUAUUUUUAUGGUUAAAUUAUGCAUAAAUUCAAAUUCUGAUAUUUGGAAUUUUUAAGUGUUGUUAAAGUCGAUAUAUUCGUAUUCUUAGAUUUUUCACAAAUUUUAAAAAGGUAUGCUGUGACAAUACCAACUUUGGUUAUUCAAAUGAGAACCUAUGUAUCAUAAAUUCCAUAAAUAGGUGGAGUAUAAGUUUAAAUAGAUUUCGGUGUUGACAUUUUUAUUUUCUUCAACCUGUUGAAGAGAUAUUCCACUUUCCAUAUGUUGAUGUAGUUUUAAGAGCAUUGUAAGUUUUAGGAGCAUGACCCAAAUUGCACACAGUUCCUGUAUAAUUUGGCCUCCAAUUGUUCGGAUGGAUCUACUUGCGAAGUAUGUCAGUCUUUCUUAAAAUUUUGAAAUAGUUUAUUUUUUAUUUAGAUACUAAAUUAGACACCAAAAAUCCCUAUAAUUAGUACAACUACUUAAGUAGUUAUACAAUUAAUCAAAAGCUAAGUCGGGGGCGCUAAAAUCAUAAAUAUGGUUUUGUCGGAAAGUAUUAACUUUUUCGGAAUUUGUUUUCUAAAACAUUUAAGAAAUAAGCAGCUCUACAAUUUUAUAUUAACACUGCUUUUUGUCACCCUUAUUUUUGAGGGUAACAACAAUAAACCACUAUCUAAUUUUGAUUUUUAAAUGGCAACCUAUAUUAAAAAUUCCAUAAAUAGAUGGAGUAUUAGUUCAUUUAAAUUUCAGUGUUGAAAUUUUUGAUUUUCGUCAAGCCGUUGAUGAGAUACUUAUACGAUUGGGGUUGGAGAAGAGUAGUGGUGUAUUAUUAACACGCAGUACGCCGUGCGUCGUAGAAGUAGAAUAUCUCGUCAACGGCUUGACGGAAAUCAAAAAUUUCAACACUAGAAUUUAUUUUAACUAAUACUCCAUCUAUUUAUGGAAUUUUUAAUAUAGGUUACCAUUUGAAAAUAAGUAGUGGUUUUACCCUCAAAAAUGAGGGUGACAAAUAAAUGGUGUUAAUAUAAAAUUGUAGAGCUGCUUGUUUCUUAAUUAUUCUACAAAACAAAUCCCAAAAUGUUAAUACUUUCCAAGAAAAUGAGUAAUCCCAUUUAAAUAAAUCACCCAGUAAAUUAUUCCGUUUUCCUCUGUUUUUUCGCUGUUUUUCUAAUUUGUUGGGAAAAUUCUUGAGGAAAUCGAAAAUAACCUCUUUAAAGAACCUUCACAGUCAAAUUUUCUUUUAGAAAAAGUGAUAUCACUGCAAAUCGGAACAAAAUUGCUGGUAUAAAAUUUGUCAACCUAACCUGACCAACGGACCAAUGGCAAAAUUAUUUUUAAUUUUAGAUUUUUCGUUUCGUUGCAGCUACUGCACAAAAUCAAUAACAAUAACAAAUAAAAAUAAUAAUAAUAUAUAGUUUAAAAAGUUUUUUUUUUUAUUAAAAACUGUUGAAAUAAUUAAAAAUUUCAUAUUCGUUGUAAUAUUAUUUGGUAUAUGGCAUCAAUAAUAUUUUCAUAACUUUCUCAAUUUUGAAUUUAUGCCAAGUCUGCAACAUAAAUGUGUACGCACCAUAAACUGACCAAAGUGUGUAGAAUAUCUAUUACGGCAAUGUAUAUUUAAGAUAACACACACAUGCUAUGGAUAAAUAUUAAUGUUAUUUUUACACAUUGCACAGUCUACAUUGUGCAGUGAUUCGAAAAAUAUUAUAAACACAAUGGAUUGUUAAUUUUUUUUUUGUUCAAAUAUUUGUCGACAGUUAUAUUAUAUUGUACCUGCAUAAUGACGUAAAUUCGUAUUUGUUUAACAGGAAAAAAAAAAAAAAAAUCCCAAACGAUAAUCUGUACAAUAUUUUGUUAUGUGUGCUAAUAAAAUUAACCGUGUAAGGUAGGUACAUAAUUAAUCCAAAUACAAUUCCCAACUAAUCAAUUUUAUCAAUCUUAUUUCGACUAAUAAAAUAGAUAUUAUAUAAGUGUCACAUGUAUAAUAUAGUUGGGCAUGUUUAAAUGUAAUCCGAGUGAUAAUAAUAUAAUUAUAAUAGCAUGUAUAAAUUCUAUCGAAGAUCGACCAAAUCUACUACCAGGUCCGAGUGAGCACUACUAUAUUAUGUAUUAUAAUAUAAUCUUAUAUAAGGUGGAAUUUUUUAUUUGAUAUCUCAUUAGGUAUGUUUAAUAUCAAAAUCAUUAACAUCAAAAUGUUAACUUUUUUUUUCAAAUACACAUAUUUAAAUUAUUAUAUUAUUAUGAAAUAAUAUAUAUAUAUCGUUUUUUUAUGAUUUUUUAUUACAAAAUAAUAUGUUUAUGAGAAAUCGUAUUAAAUCGCUUUUAUAUAUAUAUAUAAAAAAAAGACGUCCUAGGAUAAUGGGGACGGGUGCAGCUAUUGUUAUUGAUAAUUUAAUGUAUACCUAAAAGCAAUGGUAAACCAUUGCUUACAAAAAAACGAUUUUGAGUGGAGUUCAGUUGAUAGUGUCAACAAUAUAUAUCAUUUUAUAGUAAAAUAAUUAAAUAGGCUUUAAAUAUUUUUUUAAUAAUAUUUGUUUAAUGUUGUACCGAUUUUCCCAAUUUUCCUACGUUUUUCUCGGUUUUCCCAUGUUUUAUCCUGGUUUUUCACAUUUGAUGGAAAAACUCCUGAGAAAAUUGAAAAAUGACGUCCUUAAGUACCUCCCUACACCGAUUUCCUUUCAGAAAAAGCGCUACAAUUAGAAAUUCGAGCAAGUUUUCUGGUUGAAAAGUUGUUAAGAGAAAAAAAAAAUCUUUGUAAAACCAUGAGCUUUUUCGCUCCACUCAGAAUAUAAAAUAUUGUAUUUUACAAAUGAGGUUAUCUAUACAUUUUUAAAAUAAGUGCUAAAAUUUUAAAAUAUAAUAAAUAAAAUAUAAUUUUAAAACUUAUACUUUCUUCGCUACAAUCAGAAUCUAAUACAUAAAAACAAAAUUAAAAAGACUGUCAUGCAUCGCACGUGGGUGUAGUCACUGUUGUAGGUAGAAAGUUAGAUAGUCAGGAUACAGAUGGGAAUUUUAUGUAUAUCUGUAAGCACCGGGAAACCAUUGCUAACGGAAAACGAUUCUGAGAAGAGUUCAGGUGAUAGUGAACAAUUGAAUUUAGUCAAUAAUAUAUAUGCUAUAUAAUGAUAAAAAGAUUAUAUAUAUAUGCAUUAAACAUUUUCUUUAAUAACAUUUGUUUAAUAUUGUACCUAUUUUUCCGUUUUCCCGUUUUUUUCCAGUUUUUUCAAUAAAUUGAGAAAACUCCCGAGAAUAUCAAAAAUUAACCUACUUAAAGUACCUCUCCAGUAAAAUUUCCUUUCAGAAAAAGUUCUAUCAUUGUAAAUCAUAGCAAAAUUUCUGGUAGAAAUUUUGUCCACAGAAAAAAAAAAUAAAUAAACAUCUUUGUGAAACCAUAAGCUUCUUCGCUCCACUUAGAAUCUAAAUCAUAAAUCACCAAUUGUUUCUCAUGAUUGGCAUCUUGAUUAAGGCGAUACUGGUCAUAAUGAUUUCAAUUUCACAAUUUAAAUAAAAACUAAUUUUAGAUUUCGAGCGUAGAGAGGGAGCCAUUGGUUUUACAAUGUUGUUUGUUCCUUUGUAAAAAGAAAAAAAUGUUGUUUGUUCCUUUUUUUUCUUUUUCUUUCUUUGUUUUUUGUUCUAGUCUGUGGACACGUUUUUUCCUAGUAAACUUGCUCCAAUUUUUAAGCGUAGCAACUUUUCUGAAAGCUCAAAUUAUCUAGAUUGUACUUUGAUGAUGUCAUUUUUAAUUUUCGACGUUAUUUAAAUAAAAGCACUUAAGUGGGAAAAAAAUUUAGGAAAACGUAAUUUUUCACAAUUUUAUUAUUUUAUAAAAACACGAACGUUUUCUACCAGAAAAAAUGAUUUAAUCGAAAAAUCACAAGAUACCUGUUUUGUUGCCUUUUUAUUUAAUUUAUUACGGUACCACCGCCAAAACUUUUGAGCUACGUUUGAGAUUUUAGGGAAUUUUAAUUUUUGGGAGUUUUUCUGCUGUAAUUCGGUUAUAAAUACAUGUAGAGACUUGAGACUUGGUAAUAAUACUUAUAUUACAUUUACCUAGAUGUGGUAAAAAUUCUAAAAUCAUCGGAUGACUUUUUUUUUUAUAAGUGUUUUGAAUUCAAAUUUAAACGAAAAUCGCAAACAAAAUACAGCACUUCAAAUUAUGUAUUACUGAACUAUAUUACCGGAAUCGUCUUUCGUCAAGUAAUGGUUUCUCAAUAGAUAUUAAUGAAAUAACCUUAUGUAUCCUGGCUUUCCAACUUCUCAUCUACAACAGUAGCUGCUCCCAUUAUCAGCUCUUUUUUUAUAAUUUAGUUUUCAUUAUUUGGUAACUAAGAAGGAUACAUAUUUCUAGCUAGAUAGCUUGAGUUUGCUAAGGUACCUAUUCUAGUAGAUUACACACCUCGUACUUAUAUCAUACCCCGGGAUAUAGAAUAGUAGGUAGCUCGCUUCCAAAAAUUGGCAGUACGAUUUAUUCUUUAUGCUUUUAAACCUUUAACCUUUAGUAGAAUAAAGCUUAUAUGUACGAAAAUAUUUUAUAUCCCUCCUCCCCUAUGAGAAAAUCCGAUAUCCGUCACUGCAUUAACUUCAGUAAUCACUCCAUCUUUAAAUUUAAGUACUGUUUGUAUAAUUUCCUGUGGUUGUAGUUUCGUAGUUUAAUUUAUUGCUACAUAAAAAUAAACCCCCGUUCAAUUAUGAACUUUCAGUUCAGUCACAAACGAGCGUAAUUUUGAUCAAAUGUCAAAAUAAAUUUAUUUUGAAGAGACCGUUUAUGCCGUUUUUUUUUGAUAGCCUUAGUAUAUUAUUAUGUCGACGAUUCCCAGAAUAUUCAGAUAAUCUAAUAAACUGUACAUCACCGAAAUCUAACAAAAAUGAACUAUCUAGGUGGCAUUAAUAACAAUUUAAUAAUAAUAAUAAUAAUAAUAUAUAGUAAUAUUAAGAAUAUUAAUUAAUAAUGAUAGGUGUAGUGUAUGACGUACAGGAUGAAAUACAGGUUUGUAAAUAAGUGGCUACUCUUAAACCUAAAAAAUAAUGACUCUGUUUAGCAUACCAAAACCUAAGCUAUGAAUAUCAUAGCUACUAUUUCAAUUAAAAAAAAAUGUUUGAAUAUUUUAAUUAUUCUAUGUGCUUUUCAUAUUUAGCCUCAUAAUUAGUUUUAAAAUGGUGUCAAAAAUGUAAAUGAUAAUUAAAUAAUAGUUUGAAUAAUUGUAUUUUGUAUAUAAAAAUCUUGACUACUCUUUGUAAUUCUUGUAAUUUGCAUGUAUAAACUGUGUUAACUCUCUAUUUCCGCCAAAAACAUGCUUAAUGGAGUCGCUAGAACUUUACAUACAUUUUUAAUUGAUAUAUUUUAAUUAAAAAAAAAAAACCCAACAAUAAUACGGUUACGCGGAGAUAAAAACCAAAAGGUUUUCACAAAGAAUUCAUGAUCAGUCGUAUCUACCUUUUAAUAAAACAAUGAUUAAACUAGAACUCUGGAUGUUUUAAUAAAAAUAUAUGAGUAAUAGGUUAGAUUUAUAUACUGAGUAGAUAAUAUACGUAGUAACCAGUACUAAUAAUUUAUAAGUAAUUCAUAAGUAUUUAUAGUUUAUACUAUUUGAUAGGGGGUUUCUCCAGGACUCCAGGUUUUUUGCGAAUUGCUCUAAAAUUAUGAUCGCAAAAAUUCGUAAAAUAUAAGUGCUAAAUGAUUUGCGAAAAAAAUAAAUAUUUUAUACUGUAGGGGUAACGUGACUAACGAUAAACCAUGUUUUUAGAGAUGAAGGGUUGUUGUAAAUAGUCUACAACUAGUCGUACAAAUUCGUACAAAAUCAGUACUAAAUGAUAGAUUAAAAAAAAAAAAAAUCAAAAAGCCGAUGAGGAGGAGGGGGCUGGAGAAACGCACGUAAUAUUUAUAACGCACUGCGGCGAUACCGUUUUCACUGUUUUUAUUAUGUUAACAUGUUGAAUUUUACCAGAAAUAACACUUUAAUCUAAAAAUUACAAGAUACCGAUUUUGUUCCUUGUAAUGUUUCACUACUGACAGACUUAGUCGUUUGUCGAAAUACUAAGUAGUUUUUGUAAUAAUUGAGAAAAAAACCAAUUGAUUAAUUUAAUUUACUAAAUUAAACCUGAUUAAUAUUUACGGCAACGUAGUGUUCCGUUAUAAUUAUUUUAAUAUGUUGAGCAUAACUUUUCAAACGAAAAUUUACAAGAUAUUGAUUCUUUCCUUUUAAUUUUAACAUAGAACCACUGACGGAGAAGAUUUUUUUUGGAUACCUUAAGUAUUUAGCAUGAUAAUUAGGUAAAAUCAAAAAGACAAAAUAUAUGAUUUUUUUCAAAUUAUGGCACAAUGAUUCGAUAAUUUUAAAUUUGUGCACUAUACAACUAAUGAUUUAUACCAUAAAUAUUGCUCCAAUAGUUAAACAACUAGCAGACCUUAAUUUGUUGAAUUUUUAAUCUAGUUAAUGAGUAAAUAAUUCGCUUUUUGACUUUUUCUGUAGUUUUAUUAAUAAUUAGAAAAACCGGAAAAAAAAUGUAAAUUGAAAACUGAAAAAUUUACGGCGUUAACAUUUAAUUAUUUAUAAUUCGUACGGCUUAUAAUAUCUACAAAAAAUAUUGCUACAAUAGAAAAACGAAAAGAGACCGUUUUUUUUUUUAAAUUUAUAAUUUAUUUGGUGGCCAAGAAAGUCGUUUCUUAAUUUUCUUUGAAUUUUUUUAAAAUAAUUGAGCAAAACCGAAAAACAGUAAAAAGAACUGGGAAAUUUACGAAAAUUUGACAGGUUUUUUAAAUGUCGUACUUUGUUAUAGAAAAAAAAAUCGAGUUUUAUGUAGUAUUUUUUUAUUUUUUAUAAACGAAAUUUUAAUAUCAAAUUUUGACGAAAAUCGUUUGAACAAAAAAUAAUGUGGAACAAAUCUAGUUAUUGGGUGUUUAUGCGAAUUUUUCAAUUGUAUCAUACUAUGUAUUGCCAAUUUAAGAAUAAUGGUGAAGUCAGAAUUUCAUUUUAAAUCGUAUUUCGUUAGUAAUAUUUUAUCUUUUGUUUCAGUUAUAAAUUAAAUGGUUUAAUGUAUCAGUUUAUGUAUUAUGUAUCAGUGUUACAGUAUCAGCUCUUUUUAAACAUUUUUUUUUUUUAUUAUUGAUCAAUUUUUCUACCAGCUAUUUUGAUCUAAUUUAUAAUGAAAACAAUUUUUCUGAAAGAAAAUUUGAUUGAAGUGGUACUUUAAAGAGAUUAUUAUUUGAUUUUUCCAAUUGUUUUAAGAAUUGUAAGAAAAAAUUGUCCUAGGUGAUGGCUGCAGCCACAGUUGUAGGUGGGAAAUUGGGUGAGUAGGAUAUAAACGGUAGUUUAUUGUAUAUUUGUAAGCAUUUUAAUCAUUGCUAACGAAAAACGAUUCUAAACGGAGUUGAUAGUGUUGCUUUGCCAACAAUAUAUAGAGUGAUCAAUCUAUCAUAGGAUACUCAUUAUCUCGGAAACUAUUAACUUUUGACAUUUGUUUUAUAGACAAUUUUAGAAUUAAGCAGCUCUGAAAAACAUGGAAAAGAACGGGAAAAUAGGUAUGAUAUUAAACUAAAUUAUUGAUAAAAAUGUUGAAUGCAUGUAAUUAUUUUACAAAAGUAUGAUAUAUACGGGGUGAUAAAUCUAUCGUAAGACACCCAUUAUCUCGGAAAGUGUUAACUUUUUUCGAAAUUUAUUUUAAAGAACAUCUAAGAAAUACGCUGUACUAAAUUUUAACAUUUACAUUUUUUUUUUCAUUUAAUUUUUGGGCAACAUUUUUGGUUUAUACAAUAGGUUGCCGUUUGAAAAUCAAAAGUAGGUAGUCGUUUCACCCCCAAAAAUGAAAGUGAAAAAAAAUUUAAAUGGCAAAAUUUAGUACAGCUUGUUUGUUCAGCUGUUGACAAGAUGUUCUACUUUUAAGUUUGGGUUGGAGGAGAGUAGUGGCACAUUAUUAACACGCCGCGCGCCGUAUCGCCAUACAAAUGAUACUCCACUACUCUCUUCCAACAAAAACUUAAAAGUGAAACAUCUUGUCGUCUGAUCGACGGAAAUCAAUGAUUUCUAAAACACUAAAAUUUAUUUUAACUUAUUCACCUACUUAUGGAAUUUUGAAUAUAUUUUGCUAUUUGAAAAUCAAAAGUAGAUAGUGGUUAGAGUGGUAUUAUCCCCGAAAAUAGGGGUGACAAAGAAUAACAUAGAUAUGAAAUUGUAGAGUUUGUUGCUUGUUUCUAAAAUGUUCUAAAAAACAAAUUCCGGAAAAACUGAAUACUUUCCGUGACAAUAAGUGAGAUAAAUAUCAUUAAAGAAAAUACAUAAUGCGUAAUGCAUACGCAAUUAUUUGACGACAAUAUGAUACAUGUAUAUAUUUAUACUGACAAAGCAACACUAUUAACAGAACUCCGUUCAGAAUCGUUUUUUGUUUGCAAUGUUUAAUCGUUGCGUACAGACAUAAAUUCAAUUUCUCUUUUACUUUCCAAACUUCUCACCUACAAGAUACAAAAGUGACCCUCCCACGUGCGGAGUAUGUUCAUCCUUUUAUGCUUAUUUGUUUAAUAGUAAAAAAUAAAAAUAUUUUUUAUUCGUUUUUCGUGGUUUUUUUGUGAGUGUAUAUUUUCUAUUUUGUGAUUAUGUAACCCACUGAUAAAACCUGGAUUUUGCAUUGUAUACGAUUUUUAAAUCAUUUUGCCUUUGUAUUCUACUAUCCAACUCUUAUUAAUCGAUUAAAGUUUAAAAAAGAUUCAAUGGUUAAAUUAUGAAAUUUGAAAAUAUUUGUUUUCACUUAUUUUGAUAGGUACUUAGUUAAAAAUAAAUAUGAUUUUUUCUAGCUUUUUAUGUACUUAAAUAUUUUUUAAGUGUUCCUUUCAGGGUUAUCCUUUAUUUUUUUUUAAACGGGUUUUUCGUUGUUUUGAACCUACGCGAUAUUAUACGCAAUCCGUGGUAAUAAUAUUCCCAAUACAUAAUCUGACGAUGAGAAAUGCACAGAAUGAAUGUUAAAAAAUACGUAUGAUUAAAUUAUAUUGUAUUAUGUGGCAGUGUAGUACAAUAUAAUAAUAUAUUAUUUUUGUGACAAGCAUAAUAUAUAUUAGGUAAUAUUUUACAAUAAUUAUAAUUAUUGUUAUCGCAAACGUCGUGGUUUGUUUUCGUGCGCGCUACACGUCGAGGCCGUUUCAAUAAAAAAAAAUGUUUAAAAAAAAAAGCAACAAACAAAUAAACAGGUGUUUUUUCGUAUAAUUUAUUUGUUACAAAAAAAAAAAAAAAAUACGGAAAAAAAUUUACAAAAAUAAAGUCGCGCGUUUAACUGGAAUAAAAAAAAACAUAAUUCGAAAUUAUUGGUUUAUUAUACUUACACACGCGGGAUGUGUACGUGUGUGUGUGAUACCUACACACAGAAGAGGGCACGCGUUUAAUAUAUUAUGCAAAAUAACGUUACUAUUAUAGCAUUACUAUACAACCGGCGUUUUGUGUAGUUCAUCAUUUUGUAAAUUAUCUAUGUAUAAUAUAUAAUAAUAAUAAUAAUAAUAAUAAUUUUAUUAUUAUUAUUGUUAUUAUUACGUACCUGCCUAACUAUACUUACCUCCUGUUAUCGCAACGAUAAGUUCAAUAUUGUUUUUCGUUAUAUUAGUGGUUAUUUUUAUUAUAAUUUAUACUCACCUAACAUUAUCUAACGAGGUCGCGCAUUUUUCUUGUUCCAAAUGAAUUCUUCUCCUCCAUGCAAAACGCGCGAUACGGAUUACGUGUCCGCCAUAAAUGUCGAACAAACUAGCGACGAAGUGUUUAAGUUCAAUUUCGGCGGCGCGGCCGCGAACGACGACGACCAAUCGAAAAAGUAGGUACCUAUAAUCUUUUUUCAAGUGUACCUGUCUGUAUCAUCAUGGUACUGAUAUUAUCAUUUAUUAUACACCAGUGAUAAUAGAAAAGCACGACGUGGUGAGAUGAUUUUUUUUUACAUUUUUUUCGAAAAUAUACAUAAACUUUAGAGGCCCAAUGGUGCCAGCCCGGUUUUUCACUGGUAGAUCAUAUGAUACUUCACGGGAAAUGCCUCGUAGAAUGGUCAGAUUUCGAUUGUUACUUUUGUGUUGGAACGAGGAAAUCUUUUCCUACAAUUUGUGGCGAAACCAAUAGUUUAGUCAUGAACAUUGUAAUUUGUUUUGUUUUGUUUUUUUAAGUUAGUUUUUACCUUUUUUAUACCAUUAUUAGAAAUCAUGUAAAAAUAAAAGUUCAAAGAGGGCAGUCGAAUUUUUCGUUAUUAAUCAAUAUAAUACUUUUUUUAUGUUUUAAACCUCGAAUUAAAUCUUUAUAUAGUUAUAAUUUUAGUUUGUUUGGCUUCUAUAGGACCAAUUUAUUUCGGUCUAGUGAUAAGGAAACGAAGAUCAAGACCAAGGCUAAGGUAGUGUUGGUUUUGGUGUCGUUUUUUAUAGACACGAUCUUGGUCUUGGCCUUGGUCAAAAACGUCAGUCUUGGUCUUAGUCUUGCUGGAAGACUCUUGCUUUGUUUUACGAAGUAAGUAGGCACAUACACAAAUUAAAUAAAAACUUCUUAUAAGGUUAGGGCAUUAUGGCAUUGUACGUUCUCUAAGGUAUAGAUGUAUAAGUAUACUAUACAUUUAUAUGUACGCAAGGUGUUAUGUGUGCCAUUUAAAUGGCCAGUGGGUAAACUCAUAAUCUCCGAAAUUAUUAACUUUUUUUGUAAUUUGUUUUAUAGAAACAAGCAACUCUACAAUUACUCAUUUAUGUUAUUUUUUGUCACCCUUAAUUUUGAUGAUAAAAUAACUACCUAAUUUUUAUUUUCAAAUGGCAACCUAUAUUCAAAAUUCCAUAAAUAGAUGAAGUAUUAGUUAAAAUAAAUUUUGGUAUCACAAUUUUUGAUUUUCGUCUAUACGUUGACGAGAUAUUCCACUUUUAAGUUGGGAGUUAGGGGAGAAUAUUGUGUGGCGGCAUGAUACGUGGUGUUUUUAUAAUGAGUAAAUUAUUUUAAUUUCCUAUACAUUUUGUUUUAAAAAAAUAAAUUAUGUUCAUUUUUGAUCAAUUAAAGAAUAAUGUAUAAUAUUAAACUAAUAUUAUUUUUGUAUGCAUUUAUUCACCACCAUUAUUAAAUUUGUAAAUUUCUUUUAAUGUUAUAUUGGCAAUAGACAUACAUUUUAUAAUAAAAAAAUUAACCGUAAAAUCUUAUUAUUAGUAUUACAAUAGUAAUAUUAUAAAUCGUAUCGACGAGAUACUAAGUACCCCCCCCCCCAAAAAAAAACAUCAGUGGGGGGAUCUAUUUUCAUAUUGCUACACUGUAUAUCUACUGUUGCCAUCGUUUAUUGUUUUUUGAUACAAUUAAUGAGUCAAAACUUGAAUUCCCGUUCAUGGGGUAGGUCACAUUUAAUAAACCAUACAAUACGUUAAGAUACUGUAAAAAUAAAAACUACACUAAAAAGUCAUUAUCAUCUUUGUUGUUGUCUUGGCGGUCUGACAAAGCCCGUCAGCUUGGGAGCUUACCUUGCCCUUGCUCUUCACGACCCGAUGAGCACUCAACAGUCUAGUAUUUCGUUCGGAAACUCUAUUCUCGGUCAGAUGAUGCACGAACCCACCAGCUUGGAGUCUUGUGGCUGAAUCACCAGGUUAAUUUUCAGGCACCAGAAUAUCGAAGUCCUGAUAAUUUCACCAUGUUAGCAAGUACUUUUCUCCCUGGCAGAGUAGGCUUACGACAGAAGUAUACAUAAGAUUUUAUUGUGAAGGAUAUGAAAUAAUAUAUUUUAGAGCCUAAUUUUUUCCUAAAUCCAUUAUAGACUUUCAAAGUAUUAAGUAUUAAGUGGCCGAAUGACAUCCCAAAACUUAAUAAUAGUUCCACAAGGUCAGGACAACUGGAAUCCCGAGUGACGUGAUCCAAGCGACGCAUUCGAGUUGGGUUCCGCGUUCAAAAAUCCGAUCUAGUUGGGUUUAGCAGGUUGUACACUAGUUGAGUCUCAUGUGAAUAGUGAGUAAAAUAUAAGUUCUAAAAAGUACUAAAAAACACGCUUAGAUACAUCAAAAUGAGAAGUAUGGAGAAAAACGAUGGGAAUGUGUUUUACAAAGAGAACAUUUUAUAAAUGAAAACUGACUUAAAACAAAAUUGGCAACAUAAAUCGUUUUGACUUGGUUAAAACGCUCUCUUAUACAUUUUUACCUCAGUAAAUUUAGUACAUUGUUAUUAAAUUAAAUCAAAUAACACCAUUUUUAAUUUUUUUUUUUUUAUAUUAUAUUAAAUUUGUAUUCAUUGAAUGACUGGAGGCCACCUUCUGAAUGUUUUCAAAAAUAUUAAUUCAUCUAGCAAAACAAAACAUUUUUAAUCAUUUAUGUAUUAUGUUUAAAACUAAAAAUCAUUGAUUGUCCUAAAUCUGUAUAAAUUAAAAGAAAAAUUGUUUUUAUUGCUUGUAAACGUAUGGAUCCAAUACUAGUAUAUAACCUACCAAAAGCCGGGACCCAAUUAGCAUAGUACCCAAAAUUCAUUGGAACCCAACUAGUAUCCUACCUAUCAAAACCUCUUGGAUCCGGGACCCAAUUCGGAUACAGUUGCUCUCAUCCCCGGAAACCACAUUGCGAAUCGUGCUAGGUACCUAUUCUGAGUUAUAAUAAUAGGUACUUACUACCGGUUAUUGUGUUUCCACAUCAACGUCCAGGUCGAUUUCGGGAAAAUAAAUAAAUAAGUAUUGUUUCACGUUCCAAGCAGUAAAAUAAUAUGUUAGAAAUACAACGGCUAAUCAAAAAGUAUUGAGACUGGUAAUAUUGAUCGGAAAUCGAGCGUUGAAGAGAAAAAGGAUUGGUAACCCUGGUUUUUAUAAUUUGUAUAGAGAAUCUAUAAAAACAAAUGAAAUCAGAAAAAGUCAUAGAAGCAAGUGAUACCAAUCCUACUGUUCUUCAAUGCUUGGUUUCCGAUUAAUAAUAUCCGACUAGAUACUUUCUAAUUAGCCAUGGGUGGUGUCGCAAGGAUUUUUUUUUAGGAUAGGGUGUUUUUAUUUUGUGUUUAGAUAUAACUUAUCUGUAACUUUAUAUUGCGCACAAAACAUAUACAACAUGAACUUAAUAAUUAUUAUUUAUACAUAACACAACACAUCUUAUUGAAAUCUGACGCAUACAAAUUAUAAUUUUCGACAUAAAUAUGGUCAAGUUAUGUAUGUCUGUCUCUUUAAAAAAUAUUUUUUAAAUUACAUUUGUAAAAUGUUGUAUAAAAUAUGCGUUUUAAGUAUAUUUUGACUAUAUAUUAUUUUAGAUUCGGAGCGUAGCGAGUGAUCUAUUUGUUUUACUUUGAUGUGUGUGUAUUUUUUCACUUAUUAAUUAUUGUUAUUUUAUAGUAACACAUUUACAUAAUUAUUGUAUAUUGUACGUUUAUUUAAAUUAUUUACAUUCAUGACCAACUAUAUUCUAGAACUAUUCAAAACGACAAAACCGAAAUAACCAAUUAAACCAACAUUAUCUUCGGCAAUAAAAUUCACCAAAUUCUUAUAAAUCACACAUAUACUUAACAAACGAAGACCUACAACACUAAUUAUUACGGUGUGCAAAUACACGCAUAGAUAUAGAUUAGUUAAAGUUUGGCGAAAGAGUGGAAACAAAUAUUAACUCGUUAAUCAAAUAAAUUAUAACUACCUAUUGUCAAACAUUUCUUUAUUAACAUUACUAUAAUAUUAUUUAUGCUUAUGUAUUAUAUCUUUGAAUUAUAAUAAAAACAAUAAUAAUAAAUCAUUCUUUUUAAAAUUUUUAUUCUACAUUUUUUUUUUUGUAUUUGGUCCAAUGUAUAGAGAUAUAUAAUUAUUUUUGUGGCCCACGGGAUUAUAAAGCGUUUUCAAAGUGGCCCGCAAGGUCGUUUGGGUAGGCCACCCCUGCACUAGAGUAUAAUAACAAAUAGCAUAUGGAAUCAUUUUUUUUCUUUUCAAAUUUUUUCCGGACUAACGUUUUCCUGUAUUUAGGUUAGGUACCUAUCAAAUAGUCCCAUAAAUAUGACAUAUUAUAAUAUUACACGAGUGUGUGCGCGUGUGUGAAUACACGGUAUAAUGACUAUUAGAUAUAAUAAUUAUGUUGAAACAAAAUAAAUUACCUAAGCGUUGUAAUAACUUGGUAAUAGCAUAAACAGUCCGUAUAUUAAUUAUUAUAAUUAAUAAUAUUAAUAUUUAACUGAUAAACACAUAUUUGUUUUAUAUGCAAAUGCUACGCUCUCGCCGUCGCCAUACAUAAUGAAUAUUAUACCGAAUAAUCAUAAAAAUAAUAUUAUAAUUAUUGCAUAAUAUAAUACCUGUAGUGUAGAGCUGCACUACGGUAAAAUAAGUGACGAUUAUAAUAAUUUGUAUGUAAAACGCUCUUUAACAUUGUCUGUAAUUAUUUAAUUGCAUAUUUAUUAAAAAUAUAAAUUUUCAGCCACUAAUGCUGAUGAAUUAUUACGAUUACCUAUUAUAAUAUUGUUUUAUUGCCGUCCGGUAUAGUAUGACGAUGAUAACCAAGUUUCGUUCGACACAUUCGAAAAUCUAUUAAUACUAAUAUCCACUGGUACAUUUAUUUCCUGGUAAAUAUGCAACAGUGCAAGCUUGCAUAAGCGAUUUUGGCACAUUUAUUUUGUGACUAGGAAUCAAUGAUAGGAGUCAACGGUUGAACCGCCAAAAAGAAAUGAUAACACCAGAAACAUUGACCCGGUUCGACUAUAGAUAACAAAAAUAACUAUGUUAAAAUAUUAUUAACUAUUUCAUGAAAAAAAAAUCCAAAAUAAUUGUAAAAACACUAAAAACAAAUAAUAAUGCAUACAUAUAAUUAUACGACCCACCGAGGGGUGUGGGGCGAAUGUCCUCUUCGCCUGCCCACCCCAGGUACGGCAUUGAAUUUUUUGAUACUAUAUUUUUGAAAAAUAGUUAGUAAAAAAUGUCUUAUUUUUUGUGUCGUUCCGCAGUUCGUGGUGGUAUGUGUUCUGCCUAAAGUGCCGGAAGAAGGAAGUGGGACCAGGAUGGGAACCCAAACAUUGGUCCAGGACAUUCCCGCACCCAUACUGGCCAUCUUUCCGACACGUGGCUCGCAUACUGGCACUGCUCGUCACCGUCCUCUCGCUGUGGGGUGUCGUGUUCGCCAUAAUGGGACCGGACGCAAAGCCAGGAGGACAGCUGUUCAACAUUGCCGUCUUAGUCGUGUCCGCGUACCUGGGCGGAUGGGUUUUUCGCAUGCUCACCCUGCCCGCGCUCGUCGGUAUGCUACUGGUCGGCAUGUUUUACCAGAACAUUGGUUUUAUUCAUAUAGAGGGCAAGUAUAAGGAGUUCUCGUCCGUAUUGAGGUGAGAACCCGCUUGUCACUGUACUUCAAAUUAUUGUAACGUUCCCUCUCUCGGUCUAUAUGGCGACACGUCUCAGUUUUAGAUUCUGAAUGGAGCAAGGAAUUUUUUUUUUUAUACCUGUACAAGUAUAACUUUUUUACUAGAAAUCUUAUUUCGAUUUAUAAAUAUAGCACUUUUUCUGAAAACAAAUCUACUGGGAACUUUAAAAAAUUCAUUUUUUGAUUUUCCCAGAAGUUUUCUCAUUAAAUGGAAAAAACCGGGAUAAAACACGGGAAAACCAUAGAAAAAACAGGAAAAUAAGUACAAUAUUAAACAAAUAUACAUAAUGCAUAUAUAAUUAUUUUAUUAUAAUAUAAUACAUACCUAACUGUUGACAACAUUAUCAAUCGAACUUCACUCAGAAUCGUCUUUUCAUUAGAAAUCGUUGCUUAAAUUAAAUUGCCUAUAACAGUGGCUGCAUCCGUCCCCACUAUCCUAGGACAGCUUUUGUUUAUAUUAAUGAAUUCUCGAGCCUCGGACCUCGGUGUGUGAUAUUCAUAUUAUGAAUCGAGGUAACCUUUGUAAUGUUGACACGAGACACGAUUAUAUACUUAGUAUAAACUUAUAUAUUACUGUUAUACAAUCUUAUAUCUCGAGGAUGUUUAGUUUAGGGCAAUGAGGUCCGUGAGUGUAACCUAUGAUUUCUUGAUUUCCUGUAGCUGUAGUUGACCGCUACUCCCUGAGGUGAUGUUGUUUUCGGGGAAAAAAUGUGUACUCUCUAUUUUUUGUACCAUUCUUGACUACCACCACGUUUCUACCGCCGUCCUCCGGAUGCACGCCGAAAACACUUAGUCAGCAUUUCGCUGUUUAUUCCUACUUGUCUAUAAUAUCAUACACAUUCAAUAUGCUAACCUUACAUUACCAAUGGGAUGAUAUAGGAUAUCGUGUUCGUAUCCUUACACUAUACUGUUACAGACAUGGUCUUAGAAUAGUUGAAAUCAUAAAGAACACGUGCCACUUGCAUAUGUUAACUCUGUCUUAGGAACGUACGAUAUAGCAAGUUUACGUUCAGCAGAGACAAAAUUGUGCUAUAAGUUUUAAUAUUAGAAUGAAUUGACCUAUGUAUUAUCGAACUUAAAGAUAAGAACAUAAUCUAUGCAACGUUGACGAUAUUUUAAUUUUUAAGAAAGUAUGUUAACUAUCACAAUUUAAUAUUGUGUAUUAAAUCUCUGUACAUUAUAUUCUUAUCUUUAAAUUUGAUAAUAGGUCAAUUUUCUCUAAUAUUUAAACAACAACAUGUUCUUGCUGAACGCACAUUUUUGAUGUCAUACGUUUGUAAGACUGAGACAGCACAUAUAAUGCGAGUAUCACGUUCCCUUAAUUUCGACUCCUUACAGCCGGUUUUAGUGUAGGUCAGCGGUUUCCAAAUUGUGAGGCAUGACUCACUUGGGAGGCGCGAGAUAAAUAUUGAUAUUUUUAGAUCAAUAAUAAUUUCGUUGAAAUGUGAUUUUAUAAUCAAAUUAUCAUAUUUCUGUGACAUUUUUGAAAACUUAAUAUUUUUAAUACAUCUUUACAGAUAAAGAAAAGAAAAUAAAGAAACUCAUAUUCUGCAAUUAUAUGAUAAAGUGGAAACUUUUAUUAAAAAUUCGACUUAUGGCAAAGAAAAUGGUAAAAACACUUGUUUUCCACUUUUAAAAUAUUUUCUUGAAGAUAUAAUAAUAUUGGGUUACUGAUGAGUUCAAUAACAAUAAUUCUGAUCAUCUGAUGACAUUUAAAAGUAAUUUCGUGAAAUAUUUUAUAGAAGAAAUCAAGCAUUACAAUUAGAUUAAAGACCCAUUUAUUGAAAAAUUAUUAUCAAAUUUCACAACUACAGAAGAAGAACAACUAUUAAUAGAAAUUACAUUUGAUUCUUCGUUAUGAAUAAAAUUGUCUUAAUUAUCAUUUUUAGGAUUUUGGAAUAACAUUAAAGAAAACUACCCCGAAUUUGCCAACAAAGCUUUGUGUGUUGUGUGUAUUUUUUCAUUUAUUAUGAAAAAUCUUGGGAAAAUCAAAAAAUUGCCUUCUUAAAGUACCACCUUCGUCAAAUUUCCUUUCAGAAAAAAUGCUACACUUGAAAAUCGGAACAAACAUUUUUGAUGGAAAACUUGUUCAUUGAAAAAAAAAAAACACCAUUGUAAAAUCAAUACAUUUCUCGCUCCGCUCAGAAUCAAAAAUAUGAGUGACUAGGGUACAAACCAUGUAAGUGCCAAAUAAUGAAUAAUAAUGAAAGCAGUCAACUUGCUAAAUGAAAAACAAGCACGCUGUUCGCAUUAAGAUUAAAUACUAAUAAUCAUUGUUAUUUCUUCGUAAAAAUGAAAAUAUUUUUUAAUAUUGUAAAAUGAAAUUAAAUAAUAUUUACAGUUGAUUUAUUUUUUCAUAAAGAGAAAAAUGUUUAGGUACUCAAAUAAAACAAAUUUGUAAUUAAUUUAUUCACGGGUGGCCUAAUACGAGUACAAUCCAUAAAAUAAAAUAAAUGUCAGCAUGUACAUAUAAAAAUAUAAUUUAACUUUCACAUUCAUACCUAUAGAUAUUAAGACAUUAUCAUGUUCUUAAAAUUAUUAUCUAUGACGAAAUUAAAUUGAUAUCUGAUUUCCAAACUCCUACGUCCUCAUAUCGUAAAAUAUAAUAUUUUAUUAGACAAAAUAAAAUCUUAUUUGUCAAAAAAUUAGUUAAAAUUAGUUAUUUUGAACAAGUAAUAAAUAAAACUAAGGAUUGCCAUAAAAGGCAUUUCCCGUGCGCAUACCUAUAAAAUAGAUUACAAAUAUACAUGUAUAAAACCAUAUUAAGAGAAAAUUUGACUCUGCGGCCACAUGAUUUUCGGCCAGAUCAUUAUUUUCCACUCUAUUUUAUCCUUUAUUUCUAGAGGUUGACUUUCCAAAUUAUGUAGGUAUUAGUUAUUAUUUUGAGAUUGAAAGUAUGGAGUACACGUGCACUCGUACAUUUAAAACUGUAACGUGAAAUUUGAAAAACCCUGUAUAGUAGAAUACGGAAAAUUGAAGACAAAAAACUCUUAAAAACACAUGUUCCAUUUCAUAGCGGGUCAUCUGAAAAUUUGUAUAAUCGAAUUCAUAUUUCAAUUGACCGCUUUUUAGAUUUUGUUUUAUAUUUUUUGACUAACUGCGUCAUCUACUUUUUUUUAAAAAAAACAUAUAACCUAGAGAUAAAAUGAAAAUUAAACAUGCUGGUUUUGAAUUUUUAGAAUAUUAUAAUUCAAAUUCCAACAUUAUAAUAUUAUUUUACGGUUUUCCGUAAAAUUAUACAAUGCGAUAUUCAAAUGUGGCGUUAUUGUUUUCCUAAACGCGUGAAAAAUGCAAAACGCUGCAUAUAUUAUUGAUAAACGACGCAAUUAAUGUAUGGAGUAAAAUGUAAUUGGGUCGUUAUAGGAUAACCUACAUAGGUCUAUAUUCCUUUUGCGUUUUCCCGUGGGGGGGGUGUAUGUGGAAUAGAUUUCCUCUCUAUAGCCUUUUCUUUUUUAUAGGUAAUAUGGAGUUUCCUGUUUAACUGAUAUUUAGAGAUAAUAAUCAAAUAAAUAAAUAUAGUCAAUAACCAUUUUUUUAACUUGUUAUCAUUUCUUCAACAUUCGUAUACAGAUUACAGACCACGCACGGUUACAGUCUGUGUUUGUAAUUUAUAUUUCUGUGGUUACAGAUUAAUAUCUUUAUUGUGGGUCUGGUUUUAUAAUCAGCUGAGUUCAUCUUCAUGUAUAAUUGAUAUAAAUAAUAUAUUAAUAUCGUGAUACUACCAUAAAAUAGUGAUGAAAGUUUUGACAUACUUUUGCGGGUUUUUAUUUUUAUUUUUUUUGAUGUUAUGAAUCGUUUUUAACGAAAAAUUUAGUAAAUGACAAUUGUUAAUGAGACUUUGACAUUUUGCAACAUGUAACUGAUAACUAUAGUGUAUUGACGACGUAUAUUUGAUCAAAAUUAAACGAAAUAAUUCAACUAAUUCAAGUAUAUUCUAUUUUUUUUCAAAAAAGUUUUUGAUGUACCUUUACUGACUCAAAAAUUAAGAACAAUUGAUAUAAUUUCGUAAGUUCAAUAUUUUAAUUAAAAUUAUAACAUGUAAUUAUUAAAUAUAUGUUGUCAUAUCCCCUCCCAAUAAAAAAUCCUGAGAACGCCUCUGUCUGUAUGGCUAUAUCGUUAUGCAGAGAUAAAUUUGUUCGGUCUAUGGGCAGCAACAUACCUAGAAUUAUAAUGGUUUUAAGUAUAUUGUAGUGGUUUUGUUCCAAAGUCAAGAGUGCGAUUGCGUCCGGAGUUCCGAAUCAUCCUUUUGUAUUUUUGUUUUCAAAAGUAGAACCAUUAUAGCUAAUUUAACGAGCAAUAAAAUCUAGUAGUAGAGCUCCGUCACUAGAGUUAAAUUUUCCUCCACCUAUUGUAUUAUAGUAUUUUGCAAAACACUACAUACCUAACAGAAUACUAUAGAAUAAUAGACAAAUAAAAUCAUACUACCUCCCCCAAAAAAGAAAAAAAAAAAGGAACAUCCUUUAUACUAGUAAUUAACAUGCAUGUACAAAAUUGCAUUCUUCUAGCUUAACUGGGGGGGGNGGGGGGGGGGGGUAUGUAGUGUUUUUCAGACCGAACAAACACUUCUCCCGCAAAACCAUAGUUAAAUUCACAAUGAAAUUCAACGAAACUUGUGUCACUUCAAUCCGCCAAUAAAAUAACUAACCCUGAAAAUCUUAAAUUUCCGAGUUUGAACUAAUUUGGUCUAGAAGAAGCAGUUAGAAAUAUCAAAAGUAAUGGGAGUAAGUUAUAUAUAAUAUAUGUAUUUUUAUUAUCUACUUUAUACACAUUAUGCCUUUACUAAAUAUAACUGAACACUGUACAUCUGUUAUUACACUUGUAAUUGGGUUGUGUAAUUCAAAUAAAUAAAUAAGUAUAACAGGCAAAAUAGAGUGUAAUAGUAUCUAUUUUCGGGGAAAAUUCGAUAAGAAUGUAUAAAUCAUCUACCAAAACAAAAAUCUGGAUAGUAUCGUUAUAGCGUCUAACGCGCGUGAAAUGCGUUUGUACACUGAGGAAUCAUUUUUUUUUUCAGAAAAAUAGCAUUAAUGGUGAUAUUUACUCGAGCGGGAUUGGAUUUGGAUCCAGUGGCGUUGAAAAAAUUAUACUGUAGAGUGAUGUUCCUGGCUAUCGUCCCAUGGUGUGCCGAGUUGACCGUCAUUUCAGUAUCCGUGUAUUACCUAUUGGGCUUACCGUGGCCGUUCGCCAUGCUCUGCGGGUAACGUAUUAUUAUUAUUAUUUUUAUUAUGUUGCGCUAAAAGUUGACUUUUCUAACUCAAAAAAUUCAAAAAUUCUACGAAAAACAACGGCUCAUGUGAAUCAACGAUGAAUUUAACGUCUGGCUGUGUAUAGUAAUAAUAAUCUGAAGUCUAGAGCAGAAAAUUUGUUCUAAACUGUUUUUUUUUUUUUAAUUUGAUGAUGUUAAAAUACAUUGUGAUUGAUUCUUGAUAAGACGCUCGUUAUCUCUUAUUAUCUAAAGUACUAAGAAAAUAAAAAAAAACGACUUUUGUACACACUAAUAAUAAGACAACAUUUUCUUUUGUAUAAGAUGAUAUUCUUGAAAUUUGAAACAACAUUUCUGACGUGAGAAUAAAGUCAAAAACAUCGAGAAUUUGUACUGUCAUAAAAUUGUACGUUUUUCGGAAAAAAAAAUAAGCACAGAUAAUAUUAAAAACCAAUACAUUCAAUACUACGCCUUAAAAUUCCUUGUAAAAUUAAAAUAAAAGUUCCACAACCGAGUUUAAUGUUAUUCAUAAUUAUUAUAAUUUUUUACUUGGAAAAAAUUGUGUUAUUUACUACAAAAUUCACCGGAUAUUAAUAAUUAUUACGAUGGUAAAUUUUUUCGUACAGAUCGAUAAUCGCGGCCGUAUCGCCGGCCGUCGUCGUGCCGUGUCUGUUUCGUUUAAAAUCAAAAGGCUACGGCGUGGCCAAAGGCAUCCCGACACUAAUCAUUGCGGUCGCUGGAAUCGACGACGCGCUAUCCGUCAUAGCUUUCGGAGUAGGAACCAGCAUGCUUUUUGGAAAAAGUACGUAUGUUAAUAAUAAUAAAAAACAUUGCGAAAAAUACCAACUUAAACGACUUAAAACUCCGAGAUCUAAAAUGAAUAAUAUAAAUAAAAAUCGAAUUUCACACGUACCAUUACCGUCUGUUUAAACGGAAACGGACAUUUUUCGUUCGGUCCUUCGCGGUGUAUUGUUUUCAAAAGUUUUCGUAGUACCUACAUUGAGUAUUAUGAUUUGAUUUUUCUUUUUGCUUUUUUUUUUUUUUAAUAUAGCGUUAAUUAUUAAUUAAAAUUUACAAUUUUUACGUUUUCCAGAUUCGGUUACUUAUAAUUUAUUAAUAAGUCCGUUGUCGAUAUUGGCCGGAAUAACGUACGGUUUGGUUUUGGGCUGCGUCGUUAAAUAUAUUCCCGAACGUACCGACGUAAGUAUAUUUGAUAAUAAUAUUUUUUUCUCACUCGUUUAGGUUAGGUUAGAUACACUCAAUAUGCUAACCUCACACUGCCAAUGGAUUAGUGUACGGCAUCGUAUUCGGUCGUUACAUACCUAUUUCCACUAAUGUUUUUAUACAGGAUUCGAUUUAAUAGUGUAUUUUCAUAUGACUCGUGGUUGUAUAGAAAUGGACAUUUUUGCUUUUUUUCAUUAGUUUUAAGUCAUGAGCUAAUCUAUCCGUUUGUUAAAAAAAUUAUAUUCUAAAUUAUAUUACCACCAAUAACGAUAUUUGAGUGCUAUAGAAAAUGGCUAGUCGACGUUGACUCUAGUUACUCAUUAUAGGCAUUACGUUAAGUUACAUUUAUUUUUAGAACGCCUAGCUAAGAUAAAUGACAAAUAUGAAAAAUGCAAUGUCAGUGAGGACAGUUUAUGUUUGAUCGAUAUUUGUAUAAUUUACUAAAAAAUAUAUAGCCAAUUAAAUCGUUUGAAAAUUGUGUAUAAUUCAUUUCACUUUAUGUGUACUAUAAGUUUAGGUAGCACAUUAAUUUCAAUUGAUCGAUUAGUUAAUUCUCUUUCAUUUUCCACUAUCCAUAGUUUCUUAUUUUAACUCCCAAUAGUCCUAGUUGUUCAUAGAUUAUUUCUUAAAAUAUGUCCCAUCCAUUUUCUUCCUACGGUUGUUUUCCAUAUAAAUCUACUAUAUCCGUUUUACGAGUAUGGCACACUUUUUCAUUGGACAAAUAACAUAGGUAUUAAAAGAUAUCAUAUAAGAUAUAGUUAUGCGGCAUUAUGCAGUAGCACUAGAAACCGUUUAGCUGUGGUGGACUGUAUAUAACUAUAUACGGUAGUUGAAGAAUAAAGAUCGUGCUAUGUCGAAAUAAAUCGAAUGAAAGUUUUUUGCAGACAGCGUGUGCCAACGUUAGUGGCUAAUCAGCAACUAGUGGUAGAAAUAAGUGCCUUUUAGCCAGCAGUGGCAAAAGUACGCUUAUCAAAUUUAAAUUGAAACCUGUACCACGAAUUAAGAUAUAUCUUAAUCCGGGACCCGUACCCAAUAACUACUUACAUUAUAGUAAUCUGGUAUUUGUUGGAACAUCUUAUAUGUUAUGAAAAGUUAAUUUUUUUCCAGUUUGAUUGUGUUUAUACGUUCUUGUUUUGGUGGUCCAUAAUACUUAAGCAACAAUUAUUGGUCAGAUCAUUAUUACAUUCGUUAUUGUUACGUCGAUAACUUGCUCGACAGACUUGAUCGGGUCAUAUCAGGUUUUAAAUAAUCUAUGUGAAUAAACCACUAGAUGAACAUAUUAUAAUUAUUAAAAAAAAAAAACAAAAUGAGCUAAUACUGAUGAUGAAUGCACCAUUAUAUUAGAUGAGAAAAUGGAAAUGUAGAAUACAUAAAGUUAUUUCAUUUAUAUCCGUAAACAAUUAUAAACCAUUGCUAAUGAAAAACGAUUCUAAACAAACUUCGUUUAUACAUAUUAAAAGACUUAAUAUUUACGAUUUUAAUCAAAAUUUCGUCUUAAAAGCAUUUUCAAAUAAAAAAAUCGGGCUUUGGGUAAUGUGGACGAGUGCAGCCACUGUUGAAGGGAAGUUGGUAAGGUAGGAUACAGAGAGAAUUUAAUGUAUAUCUGUAAGCAACGACAAAACCAUUGAAAACGAAACAACUAUUCUGAGCGAAGUUCAGCUGAUAGUGAUACUUUGUCAACAAUAUAGAUGUUAUAUUAUAGUAAAAUAAUUAAAUAGGUAUUAUAUAUUUUUUUUAAUAAUAUUUGUUAAUAUUGUUUUGAUUUUCUCGUUUUACUACGUUUUUCCAGAUUUUCCCAUGUUUUUCCAGUUUUUCACAUUUGCUGGAAAACUCUUAGGAAUAUCGAAAAAUUUCUUCCAUAAAGUACCUUCCCAGUCAGAUUUCCGUUCAGAAAAAGUGCUAUUAUAGUAAAUUGGAGCAAAAUUGCUGGUAGAAACCAAUAAAUUCUUGCUACGCUUAGAUCCUAAAAUAAUAAAAAUGUACACAACCGCUUUCGCUGAUAUACUCGUAAUAUAUUUUCUGGUAUUUGUGGUGCAAUAUGAAAAUGUAUAAUAUUAUUAUUUUUUGUAUUGAAACAUAAUACUAUAAUCAUCGAAGUUCGCGUUUGAAAUGCGGACAGGUUUUCAAAGAAUCAAAGAAAGAAAUACAAGUACAAGUGUAUAAGUAUGAUAAUAUUGGUGUGUAAAAUAAGUGGUAAUGAUUAUAUUUUAUAAUCUAUUAAAUCGAUUAUUUAUUUUCAAAAUAAGUUAAACUGUAUUUAAUUACGAAUUCAUUAUUUUCACUGGACAACGACUAAGUCUACUUGAUGGUCGACUGACUUUAUAUAAAUAAAAAACUUUUGUUUAUUGGCUAAUCGUUCGUAAACCAAUUCUUAAUUUUUGUUUAUAACAGUGUAAUAUACUGAUUUGAUUUGAUUUGUUUGAAUAAUGUUAUUGUCGAUCAUAAAAAAAAAAAAAGACUAUUUUAGUUGACUUAGAGGAGGAUCAUCCCCAUUUAGUCCUAAUCUAGAUUUGCUUAUGUUUAAGGUAUAAUAUCAGCAUAUAAAGUGGAAAAAAAAAAAAGUUGCAUUAUAACACAUUGGAAUUAAAUAAUAAUAUUGUUAUAGUUUUCGUUAAAAAAACCCGUAUAAUUUUAUAUUUGUAGCCAUACGUGGCCCCGCUACGCAUUUUAAUCAUAACCGGUGGAGGAUUUUUGGCUGUUUUUGGUUUUGAAAAAUUGAACUUGGAAGGAGCCGGACCAUUGGCCGUAAUCAUCACCGCAUUCACUUCGAUUUGUUUUUGGACCAAACAAGGCUGGGCCAUUGAAGAUGUAUGUUAUUAUUAACAAUUAAGUAUAUAAAUUACAUUUUUGUACAACUUUAAAAAGACUCUCAAAUUCUAAAAAAAUUAAUUUUUCCAAUUUAACUACUAAAAAUAUUAUUAAUAGCACAGGUACCUACCAUAAUUCGCAUUUUGUUGAAAAUAGUAAAAAUGUAAAUUGGGAGAAAGGGAGCUUAGAUCACAAACAUUAAUAUGACAAUAUAUUAUAGUUAAACUAAAAUAAUUUAUUUUUUAUUGAAAUCAUUAAUAAUUUAGCAGAAUGUUAUAUAACUUUUAUGAACUAUCGUUAUUAAAAAAAAAACCAACGAAAAAAGCUAAUGCUACUAAUGGGUGUGUUACUUUUGUAGAUGGGAAGUUGAGAUGGUAGGAUACAUAUAGUUAUAAAAUAUGAUGAACAUCUAUAAGCAACGAUGAACCAUUCCUAACGAAAAUGAUUCGCAGCUAAGUUCGGUUAAACAUGUUUUGAAAUGCCGUGAUUUUUACGAUCAAAUUAUCAAAAUGACAAAUACGUAUCAAUAGCUCAAGAAAUGCUAGAAUAUUUUGAAAGUUUUACUACGUCCAGAAAUAGUUAAUAUAAAUGUUUUAUGAAUAUUUCUGGUCUCUACAACUAUUUUUAAUUAAAUCACAAUUUAGAAUAUAAAAAAACAAAAUUAAAUAUAAUGGAAAUCGUUAUUACGAAAUUUUAACGUUUUCUCAACAUUUAUCCUGGAUUUUCUGUAGAUUGCUAUUAGGAACACCUAUUUAAAAGUUAUUUUCGUACAGUGUUCAAAAUUUAAUAGCUAUUGUAUUAUUAUUAUUGUGUGACAGCAAAAGUCAUAACUAAAUUUUUGUAUUCAGUUGAUCCCCGUUGUUUUAGACACUAAAAAUGAAAAAAAUAUGUAUUAAAUAUGACAAGUAAAUAAAUAAAAAAUUAUUAUUGCUUACUCAAGAUUUUGACAGACAAAUUAAUUCGUUUUGCCUAUUAUUAUAAUAUUGCCUCGAAAAUUACAAAUUUUCUUAACCAUCAAGUUUUUCAAGUGCGACACAAAUUGUUCGUGUAGAUUUUCAUUAGUAUUUUACAAAUGCAGAGUAAUGAGAAACUGCUUAACUGGAAAUACUUCGCAACAUGGGUGGCCAUCGCCACUGAUGUAAUAUGUAUGAAUAGCUGGGUCAUUCAGUAUAUAAUACUAUACAUGUAACGAUAAAUCAUUGCAAACAAAAAACGAUUCCGAGUAGAGUAGUAUUAUAUUAGUUGUAUUUUCUAUUGUUGAAAAGGCAACCUAGAUUCAAACAAAAAUAAAAAACCUCAAAUAAAAUGAUCUCUUGAAAAUGAUAAAGUAUUUUUUCAAAAAAAAUAUUUGUAAAUGAAAAAAAUGUAGGUAACUAUAAUUAACUAGGUCACAUGUUUUUACAAGUAUCUAACUAUCUAUUACACUUACUUCUGCAAUAAUUUGUACACUCAGUUAAUUACUAAAAUUGAGCUACAUUUUCCGCAGAUCUGCGUAGUACCUACCUGCCUAGUAAUAAUAGUAACAAUAUUAUAUCGAUCGAUCUUAUCAUAUUGCAGAACCCGGUGGCCACGGCUUUUGAAAUUUUUUGGAUGGUCUGCGAACCCAUAUUGUUCGGAUUGACCGGCACGCAAAUUGUAUUCAACGAACUUGACCUAAAAUAUGUGACAAUAACCGUCGCGUGUAUCGCCAUCGCUUUUGUAGUAAGUACCUAUAUAUAUCCACGUACAAAUAAAAGUGGCCGCGGUUGUCGACCGUGCCUAAUAAUUCGUAACUAAUUUCAAUAUAUUAUAGAUACCUGUGUCCGCCUACAACAGCGUUUAAAAUAUAUCGAAAAUAUAAUAUUACGUGACGUUAUAGUAAUAAUAUUAUCAAGAGUGAGUUCCGUCUCUAUACCGAAUGUAUACUAAUGGUGAUCAGACGUACUCUUUUUCGUAGGACAGUACUCUUUUAUGAUGCAUUGUUCUGUGUCCUUAACAAUAGCGUAAAAUACGUGAAAUUGUACUCUUUUUUUUUGAAAAUGUUAUGGGCUAAUACACGUUUAUGAUUUUGUAUUAUUUGAUUAUUCGUUUAUAUUUUAAUAUUUUAUGGUUCGACCUAAUGCAUUCCAAACGUCUGCAAGUGACUGAUAACGGUAGCAACAGUUAGACGACGAAAAACAGAACGUUGUUAACAUCAUAACCACAAGUUAUUAUAGUUUUACAUAGUUUUUAUAGUUGAUAAUAGAAAAAAUAAUAAUAGAGUAAUCAGAUAAAAAAAUGAGCUAUGGGCUAAAUGGAUAGAAUAUUAUACACAUUGGUCAACUCUUUUAAGGGAUGGUUUUAUUUUAUAAUGGAGGGCCUAAAUUUAAAAAUAUACUAUUUUUUGGAUUUUAUGUCUGGUCACUAUAGGUAUACUGUGUUAUUGUACGGUCUACAAUAGAUGCGCAUAUUUCUUUUUUAUAUUCUAUUCAAAACACGUUAUCUAUUAUAUAUUUAUCGGAACAAGUAUAAUUAAUAUUUCUAUAUAAGUAUUAUACUCUGUGUUUCAGACAAGGAUUUGCGUGACAAUUAUCGCAGCAUCCGGGAGUACUUUGAAUUUCAAAGAAAAACUAUUUAUCGCCUUAUCGUGGAUGGCCAAAGCAGCCGUUCAAGUAAAUAGUAUUAUAACAAAUUUAAAUUGUAAUCAACUGUUUUCUAUAGGAUUAGACAGUUACAGCAAGAAACGUGAUUAAGUUAAAAUUUCAAAUUUUUCCGGAGACGAUAAAAACGUUUAUUUUCUCCUUGAAAAUUGUUAAGACUGAUCAUUUUUAUAACUUUCAAAAAAAGUUAUUUUGGUACAUUUUAGUUGACUUAUUUACUAUACUAUACUAUACUAGUUAUUAUAGUUAUUAUUAUUAACAUGGCAGUGGCAGUCGCAGUUCAAAGCCAUAUAUUUAAAUCAUGUGAUUUACAAAAAAAAAAAAACAAUAUAAAAAAUGGUUGGGAUGAGUUUUGCGUGCUUGGGUCUGUAACAAUAUAACACAAAUUAUUAUAGUUUUACAAAAUAAAAUAUUGAAUAUUAAAUGUUUAGAAUUUAUUUUAGUACAAAAAAAAACUAAAACGUAUAGGUUGUAAGCAAGUUUUCUAGAUAUACCAGUGUUUAUGAAUAUAAUUGAAAAAGUCAUUAAAAUUUUCCAAAACUGUGGGAAGUUUAAUAAGACUCACAGAGGACUCUGAUGGAAACUAAUAAUUGGUAACUUUUACUAACUAGAUAGAGUUUACUUUUAAUUUACUGAUAGGAUGUGGUAGGCUAUAAAGUUGGGGGUGCUAUUGGUAAGUGAAUGGGUGGUAAAUGAAAUUGAUGAUUAAAGCUAAACAUAUUUCACUGUAACAGACGAAAAUGACCUAAUAAUAUGAUAUAUAUCUGUCGUACAGAUGGAACGUUCGGUUUUUGUAUGGUGUGUGUGUCCGUUAGUGCAGUUCAUCUAGGAGUUUUUUGUAAUGGUUCUUAUGUGUUUUAUUUGUCCAUUGGCAAAUUUUUUGUUUUUAAAUUUUACAAACUGUACAUUCAGUAUUUGUUCAUUAGUUAAUAAACACACAUGACUACAAGAAGAUUAAAAAAAACUGGGGGAUAACAUGUAAAGAGAUGCCGUUUAUUGACGAAAUUUCAUAAGCCAAGAAAAAUCAAACAAAAUGGGGGAAGAGUAAAAAAAGAUAUAUACAUUUUAAUUAAAUUAAAUCAAUUUAAGACCAGUUUCUUUUUAGGCAAUGGCGUGGGUUUUCGGGGAGAUUGCAAAAAGCUAGGUUAGCAAUAAGAAGUUUACGAUGUUCGUGGAGACGCUUACGAAUCAUUUUGCAAUGGUAUUUGGCUGCAUUAUUAACUUUAAGGAAACCAGUAUCUUUGUAAAGUGUGUCGUUGGAAACGUAUGGAGAUACAGCAAAGAUAGUAUGAAGAGCUCGUGAUUGAAAUACUUGGAUUUUGUUAGUAUUAGAUAUUUUUGCUGAAUUUAUAGUUCAAUACCAUAUGACCAUAACGGUCUGAAUAACGUUUUGUAAAUAUCUAGUUUGAGUUUGGUAUUAAUUUUAGAUUCUGAGUGGAGCGAUGAAGCUUAUGGUUUUACAAAGAUGUUUAUUAAUUUUUUUCUUCUGUGGAAAACUAUUCUACCAGAGCAUUUGCUCCGAUCUUUAGGUAUAGCAACAUUUUUGAAAAAAAAUCGGUAUGGGGAGGUACUUUAGAGAGAUCGCAUUAAAUGCGAAAACCGAAAAAAAAAAACGGAAAAAUGUACGAAAUAUAUUUCUAUAUUAUUAAUAUAAUAUUACUAUAUUAUUUUUUUUUUUUGUGGAUAACUUUUAUACCAGCAAUUAUGUUCCAACUUUUAAUGAUAGCAAUUUUUCUGAAAGGAAAUUUCACAUCCAAAUAGGAUCUAAAAAGUAGAAAAUACGAAGGAGGAAGGAUAUCGCAAAGUUUUAGUAGGAAACCUGGAUAUCAUACACGGCCAAACGCGUGAGAGACAUCUAAGAAAACUAUUGGGUAGUAUUGUUUUUUUUUUUUAGACUAAGGGAGAUAAGAUCAACUAAGCGACUUAUCUGGUGGCUUGUUGUCGAAAUACUGUUUCUAUUUCUUAUGGGUGACUACAAGAAAAAUGCAGCUGAUAGUAGGUGUAUUUCUACCUCUGGAUUCUCCCCGAAAAAUGUCUUGAUGUAAAAAUGUAGUAUGUGUUCACCUUCUAACUUUGAUUUACCCUCAAAAAUUGGUAAUUUGUAGAACCUCCUAAUAUCCGAUAUUAAUAAAAUAAAUCACUUAGUUUUCAAAAAUAUAAAAAUACUCACUUUUGUCAAAAAUUAUGGCUACUGGAAUCCAGAAUAAUCAAAUUAGAAUCAUAUUCGUCUACCGAUGGCAAUUUCUCUUAUUCAGACAUUAUCAAUGAAUCACAUGAAAUGCGAUCACGUGAAAAAAUAUCCUUGUCUUUAACAUCUCUGAAUCUAAAUAUAUAGAUGGCUUAUUUCAAAAUGUUAGAUGAACGCGUACAAAGUUAGAUUUACUACGUUUUAAUAAACCAUUUUUAUGUAAUUGUAGAAAUUAGUUUAAAUAGUAAUACCCUCUACUCCGAACCUGGUUUUAAAAAUUAGAAAUUAAGUUCUCAUUUGAGUAAAACAAAACCCCGUCUGUACUCUAUAUGUAUCGUCUAGUCCUAACUUUAAGCAUUUAUAUUUAUUCCCGGCCGUAUUAAUAAUAAAAAAUGGUAUAAUUGCUGGUGUUCGUUUCUCAUCUUAAAAUAGUAAUUAUCAGGGGCGAAGUGAGAAUACAAUUCAGGCCACUGAAUAAAAUACGUACCAAUGACAUUUUUCUCAUUACGCUCGAUUUCAGCAUUUUAAUGUGAACUCACAAUACUUCAUCAUAAGUACUAAUGUAUUGUGUGUAUAAAAAAAGUUUAGUUAAAUAAUUAUAUUAUUAAAUUCAGCGUAUAGUAAAUAGUUAAAAAUAGUUUCAAACACUUUUUUGUUCAACUAGAUAGUUUAACUUUAGUUGCAAUAAUAUACUUUAAAAAUAAAAUCAGUUUAAGAAUUAAAAUUAACAAAAUAUUCACGUCAAAUGACCCGGUACUCGUUAUGCCCGUUAUGGGAUACCAAGCGGUAAAACAUCGUACCGGAACGUAUUUCGGUACAACAAGCACACACUAUUGCGUUAUUAUACUACAAUAUUAAAAACUAUUCAAUUAUUAUAAUAUGAUAAAAUUAUGAUAAAAGAAUUAUAGUUUUAAAUUAACUAUUGUUUUUCAGUAAGCAUGUUUUCCAAAUCGUAUAUAUAGUAUGCACUGCGCGUACCUAACUUACAGCUCAAAUUGUAUGUUUUAAAUUCGAUACACUAUGUAGACAUUCUUUAAAAUAUAAUAUGCAUGAACGAAAUAAAAAUAGAUACAGGAAUAUUGAUAUUAACUGAUAAUAUUGUUCUAAAAAAAAAAAAAAAAAAUUAAUUUUCAAAUUCUACAAUAUAAGCAUAUAAUAUAUUUUAUGACUGUAGUUUUGGUCAUAUAUUUAUUUAUGCAUUUUGUAUGUUUAUUUUAUUAAAACUAGAAACUGUUAUAGUGAUUUUGUCAUUAAACAAGUUAACUAAGAGGUACCUAAUUCAAAAACGAUAAAGUAUUCAAAAUAAACGAAUUAGGUUUACACAAUCUUUAAAACUCAUCCUUGGUACUUAGACAGUGGUGUAAAUUGGUCUUAAUUUCUGGUGGUGCAGAAAAAUCUUUUAAUUUUUAACUCACUAAUACUCCAACUUCCUUUGUAAAUUACCACUUAAUAAACAAUUUAUUUUUCUGUAGGUAGCAAAUAUUUUUUAUGGAAUUAAUAUAUUAUGACUUGUAAGAAUUUAAUUAUUUGAAUAGUAAAAACUUUAGUUUUUCAACAUUUAAAGAAAAUCUAUAGAUACUUGUUUAGUAAAAAAAUUAUAGACUUUUGAAAAUAGAAACUAUAGGUAUACACAUUUUUAUGAUUUUCUGGUAGUGCAAAAAUAUAAACUAAAAAUAAAAUAAAUAAUUGCGCCUCUCGUGAAUAAAUUAACUACAAUUAUGCAUUGUUUUCUGUGCUGACGUUUUCAGGCCGUUUUGGGUCCGGCCGUACUGGAAAUUGCUUCGCAUGACGGUAACCAGGAGAUCAUUAAGUUUGCCCAGACUAUUGUGACGGCGUGCAUUAUAUCAAUCAUGCUGACCGCCCCGGUGGGAGCGAUCAUCGUCUCGCUGUCGGGUUCUAAGCUGUUAACCAAGGCCAAACCCGACAACGAUCAGUGGCGACGGGGGCCCCGGCGGUCCAUCCGGGACAUAACGCUGAGCGACGAGGACGAAGACGACGGGACUUACGUGACCAACGAUGAUCGGCUGCAGAACGAGUGCGAUCGGACGACGGACUUGGUAGAGAUCCAGAACGAAAGGAUUUGA